CAGAAAUCAAUCCAAGUCCCCGACACCCUCAACCGCCAAUUGCUCCUCAACAGGUCGAAGCAAUCGCCCAGAGGCAACCACUGUGCCUCUAUAGUGGAGUUUUCAAUCAUUCUAUAAGACAUGGGGCGAUACAACUUCUCCCCAACCCGUGUCCACCAUGCGGCCGCGAGGCUUGUAGAGCGCCGGAAACUUGAAGCCGAUGGUGGCAUACUCCAUGUCAUACCGCCAUGGUUCAAAACAGUCUCGGCGGUGCCUCCAGGAGGGAUCCUUACAAGGUCACAGCCCAUACAGCACUCGGAGGUUCCGCGGAAGAUUCGAACGAAGAAGCCAAGCAAAAUGUACAUGCCGACGAACAUCAGCUACGAGGAAGAUGGUCUCAGGGAAAACUUUUAUAGCGACCAUCCUUGGGAACUUGCUCGGCCGAGAGUUAUUCUUGAACAGGACGGAAAGGAUGGGCAAAAGUGCGAUUGGAGCAAAAUAGAACAGCCGGAUAGAGAAUUGAAUGGUGAAAGCGUCAUUCAACGGCAAUUGUGGCUACUCAAGAACAAGCCGGACAUGACGUCCGCGAAAGCCUACGACCAGGCACGGAAAGAAUUCUACGCCAUCCGUCACCAGGAGGAUGUUGAGAGGAGAGUCGCCAAAGAGGAAGCUCUCGCUACUGGCGCAUAUUUCGGGAAAUCGAUGCUGGAGAUUGGUAUGGAGUUGGAGGAUAAGACAUACGAGUCGUGGAAGGCGUGGGCACAAAAUGAAGUUGAGGUUAUUGACCAACAACGAAGUGCUCAAUAUACGGGCGCUGAAUUAGCUCCAGCAGAGGAAGCCAUCCUGGAGGAGGCGAUUGAGGAGGAAGUUGAGGCACCGGCGCCGUCAUAAUCUGGGCAUUUGUUCUGGUAGCAGUGUAUCACUAAAUCUAGCAAGGGGUUUGUACAAAAAGAUAGAUAGUGGCAUGUACAAUAUGUAGCG